AUGGCUAACCAUUCAACUGAAUACUAUCAGUGUUCAAAGUGUGAUGCAACCUUCGAACUUAGGCCAGAUCUUCACAAGCACGUCAAGGAAGCGCAUGGAGAGUCCAGGCCAAAGUGCGAAGAGUGUGGCACAACCUACAUUGACGAGAGUGGAUACCAAAGACACCAGAAACUAUACCACGGAAGUUUUCCAUGCUCCUACCCUAAGUGCAAUUUCAAAUUGGAUACUUUGGAAAGUCUGAACAAGCAUAUGAAGAAGCAUCAGAAUUUACCUAAAUAUACAUGUACAAUAUGUGGACGCGAGCAUCAUUCGGCUAAAAAUCUCCAGUUACACAUGGAGAGUGUUCAUGACGAUCACAGCUGCAGGUGUACUGUAGAAGGUUGUGGUGCGGAGUUCGACCAUCCAUGUGCUUUGAGAAGGCAUGUAGUUUCCUUCCAUGUGAAAGAAUUUGAUGCAGAAAAUACUUGCAAGAUCUGUGGGCGUUGCUUUAAAGGUCAAAAAGCAAAUCUAACUAGACAUAUGAAUUCAGUUCACUGGCUGGAGCAGUUCAAAGCUAAGUUUGGAAAGGCACGCGAAGAUGGAGAAAAUGAAGAGGAUCUUGAAAAUUUCAUUGCUCCCACUAAGCUUUCCACCCUCUCUCCGGCCGUCAUCUACGGACGCCGCUCAUGA